ACCUGCCUAUGGAUGCGCCUAUGGAGCCACCUAUGGACGCGCCCAUGGAAGCGCCUAUGGUUGCGCCUAUGGACCUCAGUGAUGCAGCAGAGGCCCAGUCAGUACCGCAAGGCUCGGAUGAGACCGUGCCGCCUUGUGUGAGCGGACCCCAAUACGAGUGGGCCAAGCCGAAUUUCCUGGCACCGUCAGAGACGCCUGAGGAGCCCUUGCUGGAAGCAGCAUCCCACAACCUAUCAGAUACUUGGGUUGAUGCCAAAAGGGACAGGGGCAAGCAGGAUGCUUGCGACUUUCUGGCAAUGUUGCCUGACCAACCCCUGGCAGCUGGGGUCGUGAAGCAGGUGCAGUCCGCGUCGGACGUGCCUCAACUUCCUGGUCGACUUCCAGCGAGAAAGGGUUCCAUGUCCCUACUGCCUGAGCCAUCUUCCGAGGCUUCUAGCCUGGUUGCUGACCCAAGCCAGGAUGGCCAGAAUUCACGUUCACAGUCUAGAAGAAGAAGACGGCGAUCGAACAAGGACCGUAGUACUGGACGAUCUCGGCAGCCAAAGGCUGAUCAAGCAAAGGGAGAAGAAUAUGAGGAAGACUUCAAACCACCUGCAUUGCAGGAAACUGUGCCUUGA